GCUGCAAAUGAAACAGAUGUGCUUGCUGUGAAUUUAUGUACUAUCUGGACUUUUUUGUACCAAAGGUGGUAACACUUUCCUUCCUGUGAUUAUUUUUUUUUUUAUAUAGUUUUGUUUUGCACAUAUUUUCCAUAAAGGGAAUGAAAUGGAGAAGUUGAAGAAAUACGUAUCAGUGAAAGAUGAAGAUCAGUUUUAUCAUCAGGGAGCUGUGGAGUUGCUGGUCUUUAACUUUCUGCUUAUUCUUACAAUAUUAACAAUUUGGUUGUUUAAAAACCAUCGAUUCCGCUUUCUGCAUGAAACUGGAGGAGCUAUGCUUUAUGGCCUUGUAAUGGGAUUAAUUAUACGAUACGCAACAAAAGCAUCAGAUGUUGACAGUGGAACUGUUUAUGAAUGUGAAAAGCUGAAAUCUGGGCCAUCCACUCUACUUAUUAAUAUAACUAAUCAGGUGUAUGAAUAUCAAUACAAAAGAGAGAUCAGCCACCACAACGUCAACGGUCACCAGGGCAAUGCAAUGCUUCAAAAGAUGACAUUUGAUCCUUCUAUCUUCUUCAAUAUUUUGCUGCCACCGAUUAUAUUUCAUGCUGGGUAUAGUUUAAAGAAGAGACAUUUUUUUCGUAACUUAGGAUCGAUUUUAACCUACGCCUUUUUGGGAACUGCCAUCUCCUGCAUUGUCAUAGGGUUGAUAAUGUAUGGUUUUGUGAAGGCCAUGCUACACAUUGGCCAGUUAAAAGGAUGGGAGUUCCACUUCACUGACUGUUUAUUUUUUGGAUCGUUGAUGUCUGCCACAGAUCCAGUGACAGUCCUAGCUAUUUUCCAUGAGCUGCAUGUGGAUACAGAUUUGUACACGCUCCUGUUUGGAGAGAGUGUCCUAAAUGAUGCCGUGGCUAUCGUACUGACGUACUCCAUAUCCAUUUACAGUCCUAAGGAGAAUCCUAAUGCGUUUGAUGCUGCUGCUUUCUUCCAGUCAGUGGGAAAUUUCCUAGGGAUCUUUGCUGGAUCAUUUGCCAUGGGAUCCUCUUACGCUGUUGUCACAGCUUUAUUGACAAAAUUUACAAAGCUGUGUGAGUUCCCUAUGUUGGAGACAGGUCUGUUUUUCCUCCUAUCCUGGAGUGCCUUCUUAUCAGCAGAAGCCGCCGGUCUUACAGGUAUUGUUGCAGUCCUUUUCUGUGGAGUUACACAGGCCCAUUAUACCUACAACAAUCUGUCACCAGAUUCCAAAAUGAGAACUAAACAGUUGUUCGAGUUUAUGAAUUUUUUGGCUGAGAAUGUCAUCUUCUGCUACAUGGGACUUGCACUAUUCACGUUUCAAAAUCAUAUCUUCAGUCCUCUUUUUAUCUUUGGUGCAUUUGUGGCAGUUUUUGUAGCAAGAGCUUGCAACAUAUACCCACUUUCUUUCCUUUUGAAUUUGGGUCGAAAACAAAAGAUUCCCAGGAACUUUCAGCACAUGAUGAUGUUUUCAGGUUUACGUGGUGCAAUAGCAUUUGCAUUGGCUAUUCGAGACACAGAAUCCCAACCCAAACAAAUGAUGUUUACAACAGCACUGCUUAUUGUGUUUUUCACAGUCUGGGUAUUUGGUGGGGGCACAACACCAAUGCUGACGUGGCUUCAGAUCAGAGUUGGCAUAGAUCCAGAUGAAGAUCUGAAAGCAGAAGCUGCAAACGAGACUGCAUCUAAUCUGGAUAAAAAUACAACCAAAGCUGAGAGUGCAUGGCUGUUCAGAAUAUGGUAUGGCUUUGAUCACAAAUACCUAAAACCUAUCUUAACCCACGCUGGUCCACCUCUCACAACGACAUUACCUGAAUGGUGUAAUCCUGUUGCCAGGCUUCUGACCAGCCCCAGUGCAUAUGGCGAUCAACUGAAGGAUGAUGGCACAGAUUAUAUCAUAAAUAAUGAUGAACUGACUGAAAACUACGAAUCGUCUGCUCACAUACCAGGGCCAGCACAGGACAGAACAGACUUCACCCAGGCUACAGGCAAGGAAGAUAUUCAUGAAGGAGACCUAGGAUUAGGAGGGUACGAACUCCAGCUUGAACACACUGCGGGUCAACCCCAGAUGAAUUCACUGGCAUGAACAGUGGAAUGUUAAUCACAAGAAAUAAGACUAAAAGAAAGAAAUAAGAGAUACUAUUAGUGAACAACAGGCUAGAAAGUGUACUAAGCACACACACAAAAAAAACCCACAGAAAACGUAGAUUUUACCAACUGUCUGCUCUGCCAGGAAAGAGUUUCCCAUCAUCCAUGUACCUACAACAAUAUGCAGGGUUUCUGACUGCAGCAGUUUUUAAAUAAAAAGAUGUAGGGCACUCUCACUGUAAAUCCAUUACAGUCAUGUUUUGUCUCAGCACUUGACUGUACCAUGCCCCUCACAUGUACACAGGCCUUUGAAUGUUGCUUACAGUCUUUAAUCAGCUGGAAUGCAGAGAAAUAGCUUCUUAAUAUGUUUAUGCUCACGUGACAACAGCAGUUUUUAUACAGCUGUUCCUGAACAGAUCUAUAGAUAGCUACUACUCCAAUAGCCAUUACAUUUAUAAGGAAGAAGGAGGAGAAUAUUUGCCCAAUGAGUAUGGGAUCUAAAAAUACUUAAAACAUGCAUCACAGCACCUCAGUCUUAAUAAGUCAGGCUCACAGUAUAGACUUUUCCUGAGAACCAGCCCAACAUAUGUGCUUUCUAAAUGCACCUUAUAGCCUAGUCUAUAUAGGAGGCUGCCACAAACUGGACAUUGAUGGUAGGAGUCACUGAAGUCUAUGAAACCAGCAACAGAGCCCCUUUUAUUGCUGCACAGAAUGGGCAUGACCAGUGUUUAAACAGCAGUUAUUCCGCAAAGCAUUUGUCAUUACAUCUUUGCAGUACAUGAAGCUUACAUGCUGUGAAAAAUUUUGUUGUUUCACAAGAUCAUUCCAAAUAUAUGCUUUGAUUUAAGGAGUAAAGUGUUUCAUUUUUUAUUGUUCAAGGAAAGCAAGUUGUUUCUAAUCGAAUGUUUCUGCAAAACAGCUAUAUAUUAAGACCAGCUGCUCCAAGGAUAAGUUUUUCCGUCUCUCUAUUUAUGCUGGGCACUCAAUGUCACAUUAGUGAUGAGGACAGUGGUGGCUAGAUAUAAAAAAAAAAAACAAACAAGAGGAGAGUUGAGCUGUGAAAGUACUAAUUGUGUCUGCAUAAACGCAGUAACUGGAUAAACAACUGGUCAGCCAUACAUACAGCUAGCUGCCACAUACUGUUAUCAAGCAUCAGCACAGAUCAACUUUUGCGCAUAUCAGCUAAGUAGUGCAAAUACAUGGAUAGAACCAGGCUUUUGCUAGAGGCACGUGCCUUUUCUCACCACAUGAGUUUCAACUGUGUAUGAUAAUGUUCCUGCUAAGAAAGUUAAACCACAAGGAGUUUUUAAAUAAGGUCAUUCUUAAUAUACAAAGACAACAAGCAAGCAAGAAAUUUGUAAUCUAUAAGAAUAAAAAUCAAGCCAUCACCAUGAAUGAUCAUAAAGCUGAAUAGGUCUUGAUUUCACCACAGAUGGAAGCUGAAAUACAAACUUAAAUAUAAUCAAGUUUCAGUCAUUCUUUUCCAGGCUAAUUAAUUUUUGGUUAAAUGUGACUCUAAACCAGCUGGUUUAAGCAUAAAUUUGAACACUGGUGUUCUAUAUGCUGUUACAAAAUAUCAGAAGCUUAAACUGGCAUCUCAUUUUCCCCUAAACACUAAUCAAAGAACUUCAAAGGAUCUUAAUCCCAAUGUGGUUUAAAACAAAUAAUAUUCAGGCAUGAUAACAAGUUCUGAGGAGAACUAAUGAAUUUCCAGCUCCCUGCUUUGCCUUGUUUAGCUGCAUGAGGUGGGAAAAGAUGCGCAGCAGGUUGCAAGAAGGGAUGGAGAAUGGAUGAAGAGGUAAGGUUUUCUGGCCUGGUACUGUGCACCCUGCAGAAAGAGAUAGCAAAGAUAACAGGAGGCGGGAUAAGCAGGUGGAGACACACUGCAGUGAGGCAAAUAUGUGGCAACACAGUGAGGAGGUAUUACCAUGGACAGGCCCUAACAGUCCUGUUUUCAGUAGGCAGAGUUUCUGAUUUCAAUCUUCAGAAGUACAGAAUGCAUGUCACCAGGCUACAUAACCUCCUUGGGAAGGAAGGAUCCCAGUCCUUCGGUUAUAGUGCAAAUCAAUAAACUGCUGCAGUAUUAAGAUGCAAAGCUGUUUUUCACAACUGCUACAUGAACUGGAAAUGACAAGCUCUUCACCAACAGCUCUGCUCUCAGAUUCCACCCUGAAAUGCAUCCUGCAGUAUACUCUACAUGGGUUUUACUGAUUUAUUUAUUGUGCCUCUGUCCAAAUUUGUCACACUUAUGCAAUGUGAUAAAUGGAGAGCUCUGGGGUUUGAAAUUCUCUUUGUAGUCUGUGUGGUGAGUACACACUGUUCUGCCUUAAUGCGUUAAAGGGCAACUAAGUAAAGAAAGUCAUCUCUUGCAACAGAAGAGUGCAUACUUCACAUCCUCACAGGUCAGAUUUUUGUGAUAAGACUGAAGAGGCCAAAUUGGUGAUCCCAGCAGGAUGGGUAUUUAUCCUCCAGGACCAUGCUCAGCAACCAAAGUAUUAUUAGCUUUUAAGAAAAUUAGUAAUUUCAUGUGCAAGCAAACCCAAAACUUCUACUAAAUAGCAAUAGUCAUCACUAUUAUCCAUUACACUAUUCAGCCUUGCUAUUUCCUAAUUUUAAGAUAUUCCUUUCAUGACAUGCAAAUCAAGAGAGUUAAAACAACAUUAGAACAGAUGAUAUAUUUGUAUUCAAGGAGAAAUUACUGGCAACUAGUAAUUCUGCGCGACUGUUUAAACAGAGUAAUGGAUGUUAAGAGAGGUCUUUAAUGUCAAUUUACAGUUCAUACGCUGGAGAUUUAAACUACUCAGUAUCACACAGCAUUUGACUGAAUGUGCAAGUCACGAUAAAUGAGAAGCUAGUCUUCCUUUUUGAGUUAAUCUAAUAAAACACUGUUCAGAAAAUGAAGUGUAAAAUAUGUUGUCAAAAUGCAGUGCCUGCAUACUCAGAAUAAAGGCCAAAGUGUUAGGAAAGAUGGAAAUCUGCAAUACUGCUAAAGCUUUUAGGUUUCAGAAGUAGUAACUGUAAUUUCAUACUGAACUGCUGAGAUUGUUUGGCUAAGGUUGGAAGCAGCAGAAUGAAUCCUGGCUAUACAGCAGAGACAGUCCAAAGAGGUACUGUACUACAAAUAUCAGGUCACUAUGAUAACUUUCACAGAAAAGCGCAACAUUUAGUAACCUCAACAAAAGUGGGGGUCAUUGGAAGUAAACAUUUUUGUUGCUGUGUUAAAAGUUCAGACUUUUCCAUAGUAACCACAUUAGGGCUAUCUUCAGCAAUGCGAUUAACCCAUUGUGCAUAACUUAAGCCACUAAACUAAUUGCAUUGAAGCCAUAAGAGCAGUUCACACCCUUUCCACCUAGUAACUUAUGUGCCUUGCUGGGCUGAGGAUAGUUGGUAUAAUAGGUCUGCCUUUCCUUUUGAAAGCUGGCCUGUAUUUUGCUAUCAGCCACCAACUAACACUGAGCCUGUAACAUCCCAAUUGCUGUGUAUA